AUAAAACGCGAAAAGAAGCGCAAAACGGGGACUCAACGGUCCCUUCUCUCUCUACUUACUUCCCUGUCUCUCUCUCGCUCGCCAAUGUAGCUCCCCGGAGAAUGGCUAACUGUCACCGGAACAACGUCGGAAACCUUGUUCUCGGCCACCACCCUACUAAGAACGAAACCGUUGCUGGCCACUUCCGCCUAUGGAACUCCCUCUCCGCCUCCUCCCUCCGCCGCCUCAUCUUCGACGCUGUCAGCUGCGGCGCCAGUUCCCGAUACCACCACCGCCGUCACCAAGACGACGACGACGACGAGUCGACGGCGAUUUCGGACGCCUCCGAGGAGAAACGGCAGCAGCAUAAGGCGAAGGCGAAUGCGAGGUCGGAGAAGCUUUCGGAUCUGCUGAACAUGGCGGAGAUUGAAGCGGACGCUGAGACGAAGAAGAAGGAGGAGAAGCUGGAGGAGCUGAAGCGUGUGGUGAAGGAGUUGCAGGAGGAAGAGGAUUUGACAAAGCGAAGAGAAGCUGCGGCGACAGUGAGGUUGGUGGCGAAGGAGGAUUUGGAUGUUAGAGGAACGCUUGCAAUGCUCGGAGCCAUUCCUCCUCUCGUCUCAAUGCUCGAUUCCCAAGAGCCAGAUUCUCUUGUCGCUUCGCUCUACGCGUUGCUCAACCUCGGAAUCGGAAACGAUGCGAACAAAGCAGCCAUUGUCAAAGUUGGCUCUGUUGAGAAGAUGCUGAAGCUCAUUGAAUCUCCAGAUGAUGUAAAUUCUUCGGUGUCUGAAGCAAUUGUUGCAAAUUUCCUUGGACUGAGUGCUUUAGAUUCCAACAAACCCAUAAUUGGGUCCUCUGCUGCAAUUCCAUUCCUAGUUAGAACCCUUCAGAGUUUAGAUAAUAAAAGUAGCUCCCAAGCUAAGCAAGAUGCUCUUAGAGCACUGUACAAUCUUUCAAUCUUCCCAGCAAAUAUUUCAUUCAUUUUGGAAACCAAUUUGGUCCCAUUUCUUAUAAACUCGGUAGGAGACAUGGAAGUAACUGAAAGAAACCUUGCAAUCCUCAGCAAUUUGGUAUCGACCCGAGAGGGUAGAAAAGCGAUCAGUGCUGUGCCGGAUGCGUUUCCUAUCUUGGUGGAUGUAUUGAAUUGGACAGAUUCAUCAGAAUGCCAGGAAAAGGCAUCGUACAUUUUGAUGGUUAUGGCACACAAAUCCUAUGGUAACAAGCAGGCCAUGAUUGAAGCCGGGAUUGUGUCAUCACUGCUUGAGUUGUCGCUUUUGGGUACCACAUUGGCUCAGAAAAGGGCCUCAAGGAUAUUGGAAAUUUUGAGGGUGGACAAAGGGAAGCAGGUAUCUGGGAGCUACGGUGGAAACCUAGUUGCAACUGUCUCUGCUCCUAUUUGUGGAUCUUCGUCAUCUUGUGCCAAACUAGAUGGAGGAGGAAAAGAGUGUUCUGAGGAGGAGGAAGAUAUGAUGAGUGAGGAGAAGAAAGCAGUGAAGCAAUUAGUCCAGCAGAGUUUGCAAAACAACAUGAGGAAAAUUGUAAAGAGGGCCAACUUGCCUCAAGAUAUCGUUCCUUCUGAUCAUUUUAAGUCGCUCACUUCAAGUUCGACAUCAAAGAGCCUGCCAUUUUGAAGAAUUGCAGCUGUGAAGAGAGUCAAGGUUGAAGAAAAUAAACCAUGAAGUUAGUUUUCAAGUUAUAAUUUUGCUAAAAUAGCCCUUACUUGUCAAAAGCUUGAUAGAAAAUUAUAAAAUUAUUUCUGGUUUUAAGUUUCUUUUGAUGAUGCAUCCUUUUUGGUUUUUUAGGCUUGUUCUUAAGAGCAGAUUUAACUUCUUUACCAUGUGUAAGCCCACUGUCUCUAAACUGAAAAUGAGAUCCUAUGGAAAUGGACAGUCAUAACGGCACUACAUGAGUUUUAUGCUCUUGGUGUUGGGAUGCCUCCUAGUCAGGGGUAUGACCUGCAAAAUUGGCUAAUCUUAGGGUUGCUUCAGUCAAACCAUGGUUACGAGCGUCCCUACCUUCAAGGAGUCGCUUUCAAACCAUAGUACACUUUUGUCUCGCUAUUGGGCCUACUAUAUGUUUUAUAAAUAUUAAUCUACAUGGAUAAGUGGGAAAGAGUGUCCAUCAUUUUCAUAUUUUAUACAAACAACAGGGACUGUUCACUGCAAUUUUCUAUUUGAGAAUCUUUCCCCUGUUGGUUUGUCAAUUCCAUGUGUUUGGGUUUUCAGGAAUCUUUGGAUUAUGAGUGAAUAUAGUAGUUUGUUUAUGCAUUUGCAGUGAGAUUGUUAGCUGUUACCCCCUUGAUUUUUUUUAGUUAAAGAAUUCAUUAAUUACCUCUGUCUUUGUUUAAUGCCACAAGAACUAGUUAAUGAAUUGUUUCGUUUCUCUUUCAACCAGUCGCAGAUCCAAAGGGCACGGAAGGAUUACAACUAAGAUCUGGAUGGGAUGGAGAGCUGAGCUGUUCGUUGCAAAUAAGUAUCGAGGACUUUUUGUUCCCAUUAUGUAAAUGUUACAUGAUGUCCCUUGUGGGGUACAGUCAUUUGUAAUGUUAUCUUCUGCU